AUGGGCACCAACGGACCGUUGUUCGUAGCACAGGAGACCAUAUGCUACUACCCUAUAAGCACCAUUUACGAUGCAUGUCCUCGCUAUCUCUUCUAUGCUUUGCUGAUAGCCAGCUGCGUAUCGCGCUGGACUGGCUGGCUUGCCGAUGUCUUCUUAGGCACAGCCGCGACAUAUGCAGGCACCGCGGCAAUCGAGGCCUUUAUUCUCGUAGCGAAUCCCGCUAAAAUCGCCGCUCCUGCGCCUGUCACCAUUCCAUAUGUGCCGAGGAAUACGACUCUCCUGCAAGACUUCCCACAGCUCAUCACUGAAACGGACUAUGUCCUGAUCCAGCCUGCAGCGUCGGAGUUGGACAUCGAUGCCAUCAUGGCCAUUGUGGUCACGGGAUACCUUGUUUUCGUCCCGUUACAAGCCUGGUCUCGCGUGUUGACAAAGGAAAGGGCACGAAAUGUUCUAUUCUAUCUCUGGAAUAUUUUAAUGCUUGCCGGCUCCAUCUGUGCCCUUGUCUACUCGGCCAAUGCGGCGAACAUUCCGACGCACGACGGGUGGCAGUCGUCGUGGAGGCCUUCCGACUGGAACUCUAGCGUGUGGAUGACGUUCUCGAACGCCACGAACUGGGCCGAGCUUGGUGACAUUUGCUAUAACCCUUGUUUCAAUACUAGCCAGAUCCUGCGCAAGCCAACGUCCCUUGAGUCGGCCACGGCGUCUGAGAGCUCGGAGUUGUCCCACCCGAAUAAGCUGUGGAGCAGACUGAUCUACUCCCGGCAAUAUAUCUACAGCUUGAUCGUUCUCUGUGUCGUACUGAAUCUUGUACUUUUGACUUUCAAAUGGUUACCUUUCAGAUCGCAUGUCCCGUCUGCACAGAUCGUGCCGAUAUGGAAGGAACGAAAGGCUAUCUGGCACGGCAUCAAAUCGGAAAUUCGUGGUGCAUGGCCAAGGAACCCACAAAGCCCUGGGAAGGAGGAAUCCAACCCCUCCAGCGCCGAGCAUUCUUUCUGGGGCCGGAUACGUCCGUUCUUCUCCGUUCGGGUUAUCAAAGCGCUGCUCCGGGUCGUGUUCGAUAUCGCUAUAUUGAUCUGUGUUAUUUUCAGUAUUAUUGCGAGUCCUUUCACGACGAUUGCGUUUGUGGUCUGGGCGGAGUGGUGGAUCUAUAAUGAUGGACCAUCACAGGAGAGCCCCCAGCAGGUGGGGCAGUGGUCGUACUUAGUCGCUAUCGCUCUUCUCGUGAUUUCUGCUGCCGUAUUGACUCUCAAGUAUCGGAUCGCGUCUACCACGGAGCUAAACAAUGAGAUUGCCAGACUGGAAGCAGAUCUCGAUAGGCUGCGAAAGCGCAGGGAUGAGCGGAUGCAAUCGGAUAGGGGUUUAUGA